GAAGCCCAUUCGUGGUGUUAUAUAGGUGGCUUAAAACCCACUCACUAAUUCAAAGGAAUGACGAUUGAAAAAGCAAAAUCCAAACUAACUUCCUGUUGGAAGUGGUAUGUGUAGACAGAAUGGAAAUCUGUCGAGCGCCAUCAUCCUGCGUAACCAAAAAGGAAAUAUGAGAAUAUUUCGACCUGUACCCUUCCGGACAUGAAUGCUGAAGGCACACUUUUAUCCGCUGGUGUUUCGUAAGCGUGAACACAAAGUUCUUUUUCAUGCUCUGAGUGGCCGCUUCCUUUUGUGUAUGCACGCAUGCGACAUUAAUAUGAACCACUUUCACUGAUGAUUAUAAUUAGACUUGAUCAACUGCGAGUGACACUCAGCGCCGGCCAGUAGAGCGUGCAAGACGCCCGAUGCGAGGAGCAUUAAGAUGAGACGACCGUGUCCCUUCCUCCAUCCCUCGGGGCGCGGCGCUGUCGGUGUAAAGCACGUACGUGACUCAUCCAGCCAGAUACCUACUUAAAACCCACCUGAACAGGAAAUUAACACACCUUGAGGUACAGCGUACAGAUGUACACAUAGCAUGUGACUCGGAGCACACGUGUACACACAAUUUGUGACGCAGCCUAUAAGUGAACAUAUUUCUUUUGACAAAGCGUACAGGUGUGAACAUCUUGUGACGCAACGUACAGGUGUAUUCACAGGUGUAGUCGCGUAUAGGUGUACACAGCAGGGGGAGGGGCGACAUGGCAUAGCUGCCCGUCUCUACUGCCUCUGUACUGACAGUUCCUGUGGUUUGCAUAUUUGUAAACAUGAUUUGUUCAAUCAAGUGGAAUGAGAAUAUGUUGCUUUGUUUUGCUAAGAAUAUAUUAAUCAUACACAGCCUAUAGGACACAAUCACAUAAUGAACAACACCUACGUUUUCAUUGCCUUCACCGGAAGUCCAGUGACCUUUACCGACCUUGUAGGACUUCCGUUUCUUAUUCUCAUGGGGAUCACGGAAAUCGUUCUUAACAUGGUCGUGCUGGUGGCUCUGCUCUCCUCCCGAGACGACGCCUCCAACUCCUUCAUUGUGAACCUGGCCAUGGCCGACGCCCUGACCGGCCUCAUCGUCAUCUACAACAGUGUGUACACUAUGCUUGAGUGGAAAGAUGUCCACGAAUGUCUCUUCAGGUUUGGGCUUCUGAUUGGUGUAAACAUGGCGUCUGUACUCAGCAUUAUGUUGCUCACAGUGGACAGAUAUGUCAAAAUCAAAGACCCAUUCCGUCACAAACGAGUGUUCACGUCCAAGAGAGUGACAGCGUUGAACACCUCUGUGUGGGUGCUGGCCCUGACGCUGGCAUUGCUGCCUGUAGCUGGAUGGAACCGGUCACAACAAGUGAAGCAGACGUGUAACUUCUUCACCGUAUUCUCCACUAGCUAUCUCGUGACUGUUGUGGUCAUAUUUGUGAUACCACUGGUUGCCAUAGUGACAUUGUACCCACAAAUCUACGUUCUGGCCAGGAAGCACGCCAUGGCAAUACACGCCCAGCUGUGUCGGACGAGUUCAGGCAACACGCCCAGGUCGACGCUCAGGUUCGCCAAGACAGUGGGCAUCAUCAUCGGCAUGUAUAUCCUGUGUUGGGCGCCUGUAGGCACAUACCUCCUCCUAGUCCUGAUUGACCGUUCCCUGGUUGAAGACACAGGGGUCGACCUCGGUGCCGUCCUCACCUACACAGCCGGUGUCGGCUUCCUCAACAGCCUCAUCAACCCUCUAGUGUACGCCAUCAAGAUCCCUGCGGUAGGCCAGGUGUUCAGGAGAGUGUGUUGCUGUUGGUGCUGGUCUGAUCCUACCCCUUCCGCCAGACACAGUGUGUACACCCUGGCUAAUGUGGGGCUGGUACCCUUGACUCCGGACGACGCCAGGUGAUGUACGCCAGACACCGGGUGAUGUACGCCAUACACCCUGUGAUGUACGCCAGACACCCGGUGAUGUAUUCCAGACACUGGGUCCGGGUGAUUUACGUCAGACACCUGGUUAUGUACAACAGACACCCUGUGAUGUAAGCCAGACACUUGGUCCGGGUGAUGUAAGCCAGACACUUGGUCUGGGUGAUGUACGUCAGACACCUGGUUAUGUACAACAGACACCCGGUGAUAUAUUCAAGACACUGGGUCCGGGUGAUGUACGCCAGACACCUGGUGAUGUACGAGACACCCGGUGAUGUAUUCCGGACACUGGGUCCGGGUGAUGUACGCCAGACACUGGGUCCAGGUGAUGUACGCCAGACACCCGGUGAUGUAUUCCAGACACUGGGUCCGGGUGAUGUACGACAGACACCGUUGAUGUACGCCAGACACCCGGUGAUGUAUUCCAAACACUGGGUCCGGGUGAUGUACGACAGACACCUGUUGAUGUACGAUAGACACGUGAUGCCGACAUUAACUGCCAUGGUCAGUUCGUAUGGAAUCCGGAGAGGAAAAUAAUUUAUGAAUAUUAAAUCAGAUUUGACAUAAUAAAAUGUUAAACAGUUUCA